AUGUCUGAUGUUAAAAUUGAUACAUCUUUAUUUAAUAAAAGAUUAUCUUAUUUUCAAAAAAAUUUAAUAAAUGAUGAUUUAAAACAAAGUUUAAUUAUCGUAGGUGCAAGAAAUGAUGACAAUACUUAUAAAAAAUCAACUGUUUUUCAAAAUUGGUUAUUAGGUUAUGAAUUUGUUCAUACUGCUAUUUAUAUAUCUUCAGAUAAAUGUAUUAUUAUAACCUCUGAAGGUAAAGCUAAAUAUUUAAAAAAUUUACAGUCUGAUUCAGUUGAAUUAUGGACAAGAGUUAAAGAUCAAGAAAAGAAUAAAGAAAUAUUUGAAAAUUUAAUAAAACAAAUUGAAUCAAUUAAUGAUGGUAAAUAUGGUGCUGUAUUAAAAGAUAAUUAUGAUGGUAAAUUAGUUGAUGAAUGGAAUGAUAUAAAAAAAAAUGCUAAAAUUGAACAAAAAGAUUUAGCUUUAACUAUAUCAAAAUCAUUAUUAGUUAAAGAUUCAGAAGAAUUUAAUAAUAUUAAAAUUGCAUCAAAUUCUUCUGUUACAUUAAUGGAUAUAUUUGCAAAUGAUAUGAUGACAAUUGUUGAUGAAAAUAAAAAGAUUACAAAUUCACAAUUAAGUGAUCAAUUAGAAGAUAAAAUUGAAAAUAAUAAUUGGUAUUUAAAAUCAAAAUAUGGUAAAAAUUUAUUGCAAUCUAUAAAAGAUUUCGAUCCUGAAUAUUUAGAAUCUUGUUAUUCUCCAAUUAUUCAAAGCGGUGGUGAAUAUGAUUUAAAACCAAGUGCAAUGUCAAGUGAAAAAAGGUUAAUUGGUGAAGGAGUAAUAUUAUCAUCAAUUGGUUUAAGGUAUAAAAGUUAUUGUUCAAAUGUUGCUAGAACUUUUUUAAUUGAUCCAUCAAAAGAAAUGGAAUCUAAUUAUGAUUUCUUGUUGAAAGUGCAACAACAUGUUAUAUCAUUAUUAAAAGAUGGUAUUGAAGCAUCAAAAGUUUAUAAUGAUGUACUUGAAUACAUUAAAAAGGAAAAAUCAGAGUUGGAAACAAACUUUAUUAAAAACUGUGGCUGGUCAAUAGGUUUAGAAUUUAGAGAUUCUACUUUUAUAUUGAAUAAUAAAACUGAUAGAAAAUUAACUGCUGGACAAACUAUAUCAUUAAAUGUUGGUUUUAGUAAUUUGAAAGAUGGUAAAAAAAAUUAUGCAUUAUCAUUAAUUGAUACUUUAAAAAUUACCGAUAAUGAACCAAUUAUAUUAACAAAUUAUCCAAAACAAAAAUCAGACAUUUCAUUUUAUUUCAAUGAUGAACAAGAUGAAAAACCUGAUAGAAAGAAAAGUGUUGAACCUCAGGAAAAUGGUAAUUCUAAAAUUUUAAAAUCAAAAUUAAGACAUGAAAAUACAAAUGCUGAUGAUUCAAAUGCUGAAAAAAUUAGACAAGAAACUCAAGCUGCAUUGCACGAAAAAAGAUUACAGGAAGGUUUAGCAAGAUUUUCAAAAGCUGAUGCAACUGAUGCAAAUGAUUUUAAACCAAAAUUUAAAAAAUAUGAAUCAUAUGUGAGAGAAUCUCAAAUACCAAAUUCAGUAGCUGAUUUAAAAAUUCAUAUAGAUUAUAAAAAUCAAACUAUAAUAUUACCAAUCAGUGGUAGACCAGUUCCAUUUCAUAUAAAUUCAUUUAAAAAUGGAUCUCAAAAUGAAGAAGGUGAUUUUACAUAUUUAAGAUUAAAUUUUAAUUCACCAGGUACUGGUGGUAAUGUUACAAAAAAAGCUGAAUUACCAUAUGAAGAUGAUCCUAAUAACACAUUUAUUAGAUCAAUUACUAUUAGAUCAAGAGAUCGUCAAAGAAUGGUUGAUGUAUACAAGGCUAUACAAGAAUUGAAAAAAGAUUCAGUUAAAAGAGAACAAGAAAAGAAACAAAUGGCUGAUGUUGUUAGUCAAGCUAAUUUAGUUGAAUUUAAAGGUUCAAGAAUGAAAAAAUUGGAAAAUGUAUUUGUUAGACCAACUCCAGAAACUAAAAAACUUGGUGGUGUUUUACAAAUUCAUGAAAAUGGUUUAAGAUAUCAAUCUACAUUUAGAUCAGAUUCAAAAAUUGAUGUUUUAUUUUCAAAUAUUAAACACUUAUUUUUUCAACCAUGUAAAGAUGAAUUAAUUGUCUUAAUUCAUUGUCAUUUAAAAAAUCCAAUAAUGAUUGGUAAAAGAAAAACUUUUGAUAUUCAAUUUUAUCGUGAAGCUAGUGAUAUGGCAUUUGAUGAAACUGGUGGUAGAAAAAGAAAAUAUAGGUAUGGUGACGAAGAUGAAUUACAACAAGAACAAGAGGAAAGAAGAAGAAAAGCAAUGUUGGAUAAAGAAUUUAAACAAUUUGCUGAAUUAAUAAGUGACUCAUCAAAUGGUAUGAUUGAUUUAGAUGUACCAUUUAGAGAAUUGGGUUUUACAGGAGUUCCAUUUAGAUCUUCAGUUUUAUGUAUACCUACAAGAGAUUGUUUAGUUCAAUUAAUUGAUCCUCCAUAUUUAGUAGUUACUUUGGAAGAAAUUGAAAUUGCUCAUUUAGAAAGAGUUCAAUUUGGCUUAAAAAAUUUUGAUUUAGUAUUUGUUUUUAAAGAUUUUAAUAAACCUGUUGUUCAUGUAAAUACAAUACCAAUGGAAUUAUUAGAAGAUGUUAAAUCAUGGUUAACUGAUGUUGAUAUACCUAUAAGUGAAGGUCAAAUGAAUUUAAAUUGGCAACAAAUUAUGAAGACAGUUAUUGCUGAUCCAUAUCAAUUUUUCAUUGAUGGUGGUUGGUCAUUUUUAACAGGUGCUGGUGAAAGUGAUGAAGAAAGUGAAGAAGAACAAGAAAGUGAAUUUGAAGCAAGUGAUGAAGAUCCAGAAGAUGAAUCAGAAGUAAGUGAAGAUGAAUAUAGUGAAGAAGAUGAUUAUAGUGGAAGUGAAGAAGAAAGUGGUGAUGAAAGUGGUGAAGAUUGGGAUGAAUUGGAAAAGAAAGCAGCAAGAGCUGAUAAAGUUUCAUCUUUUGAAUAA